CUACCUGCGCCUGGGCCGCCAGUGACCUGGGCCGGGUCCGCCCGGUGGGCUGAGGUUGCAGAGGAGGCGGCGGGUGGUACGGCGGUGAGGCGGCGCGACGGGCGGGCGCCGACUCCCGGAGGCCGCCGUCGGGGCGAGGUGUCCUCAUGACUUCCCCUGCAGACCAUGUCUAUGAUCCUUUUUGCCUGUGUGGUGAGGGUGAGGGAUGGACUGCCCCUCUCGGCCUCCACUGACUUUUACCACACCCAGGAUUUUCUGGAAUGCAGGAGACGGCUCAAGACUUUAGCCUUGCGACUGACCCAGUACCCAGGUCGAGGUUCUGCAGAAGGACGUGACUUCAGUAUACAUUUCUCUUCGUUGGGGGAUGUGGCUUGCAUGGCUAUCUGCUCCCGCCAGUGUCCAGCGGCCAUGGCCUUCUGCUUCCUGGAGACCGUGUGGUGGGAAUUCACAGCUUCCUAUGACACCACCUGUAUUGGCCUAGCCUCCAGGCCAUACGCCUUUCUUGAAUUUGAUAGCAUCAUUCAGAAAGUGAAGUGGCAUUUUAACUGUGUAAGUUCCGCUCAGAUGGAGAGCAGCUUAGAAAAAAUUCAGGAGGAGCUUGACUUCCAGCCUCCAGUGGUUCUCACUGUGGAGGACACAGAUAAAGCGAAUGGGAUAAUGAACGGUCACACACAGAUACACUUGGAGCCUGCUCCUAAUUUCCGAAUGGAGCCAGUGACAGCCCUGGGUGUCCUUUCGCUCAUUCUCAACAUCAUGUGUGCUGCUCUGAACCUCAUCCGUGGGAUUCACCUCGCAGAACAUUCUCUACAGGUUGCCCACGAGGAAAUUGGAACUAUUCUGGCUUUUCUUAUUCCUUUUGUAGCCUGUAUUUUCCAGGAGCUGCAGCACACAGUUGGGAGUCGGGGCUCAGAGGGCAACAGCACUUUGGCGGUCAGCACUGCCAGGGUCGGCAAAGACGACAGCCAGGAGGGCCGGCUGUUUGGGGUGCAGCAAGCAGGAGACAGAAUCCUGCCCGGGCACAGGGAAGCUCCACUGUGCUCUGUGAGUGUGAACAACGGUAGAGGAAGAGAGACUUGACUCUCCUGCUCAGGCCUCCACCACUGUGGGCAGGUUCUGCCCGCAGGGACAGGGUCCUCAGCUGGGAAGCGGUGGUAACCAUCUACUCCCCCGGCAUGCUGUCAUGAGGAGAAAAGCCUAGUGGAGGAGAAUACUGGGUGAAUCCCCUGUUCACGUGCAGGAGGAAAAAGGCUUUCACCCGGUGAGAGGAAGUUCACGCUUUACGCAGCACAGUGCAGCCGGGUCUUCCAGGUUUUACAAAGACAGGCCUUUUAUGAUCCUGCUAGGUAAAUGGGCUCAGUCUUCCAGUCUAGAAAGGUGGUGACCUCUCUUUCUCCCCCCUGAACGUGCCUCUUGCCCUCCAGUCACAGAGCUCUUGCUACCAUUGGCAUUGGGCCCUCCGGCAUCCAGGGAGGCCGGUUCUGCUGGUCGAACCAAACCUCAAGUCCAUCCCUGAGCCAAAUGGGGAGAGCUCUGAGUCUCCCGUCUGGGAGCAGUGAUGUCAGACCCCGGUUGCUGGGGAAACGUCUUGGCAGGGAACCUGAGGAAAAGGGCUUGUCAGUAAGACCUGGGAAUGGCCGGAUAUGGAAACAUCUGUCCGUGUGUGCUGAUGGCAGAGCCGCGGCUCACAAGCGCCUUUUAUUUCGGGUCAAAUUAUCAAAUCCAUUCUGUUCUUCUAACCUGUGCUUGGUACGUGUGACCUUCUUUAACGCUUCUGUGAUUCUGGGGUUACUUCAGAAGUAUAUUUAAUGAAUUAUUUGUACGACUUGACCCCCCCUCCCCCGAAUUCUGUUUCAUUUAAUAGACUUUUCUACUAAGAGCGUAAAAGAUUGAGACUGAUUUAGCCAGGGCAAAACCAUUUCCUUCACAUAUGCGUUUUGAAUGCUUGCUGUCCAUGUUGUACAAGCUUCUUACUGUUUUCAUGUAAUAACAAAGAUCUAUUUUGAAUAAAUGAUGGGUAUGUUUUAACAAACUCUCACACAGUAGUAAAGCCUAAACUCGUGUUAAUAUAUGUAAAGAAUAUUGUAUAGCCAUUUAUAUACUAUGUAUAUAUAAAUUAAAUAACAUGGCUUCAGAAGUGAGAGGAGAAUAAAUCUAAGGUGCUUAUUACGUUGUGUGUAUUUGUGUAAAAAAUUUUGAGUUUUGGGUCCGUUUUCCUAGAGGGUGUGAUGUGGGCCUGGCAUCAUGGAGCGGGGGGUGUCGAAAGAAGUGGAAUUCACAUCCUCGUCUCCAAUGUCUAGACAGGUGCCAGGCCUCAGUCCUUAGCACCAACCCCCAGACUCCGGAAAGUGAUCGUGGGUCCAGGAAAGACCUUGGAAAAGCCAACAUAGCAGUCACAGAGCAGCCCUGGGGGCUGGGAGGCCCGCCUUCUAUGCAGGCUCUGCCCCUGCUUAUCUGUGUGCCUGUGAGCGGGCACUUGCCCUGCUCUAGGCUCUGAGCUCCUGGCCGUGCUCUGAGGGACCAUUGAGUUCCAUCUCCCAGGACCAGCCCCACCACAGAAUGGCCAGCAGGAGGCGCAGCUGCCAGCCGGUCGUCAGGCUCGGGGCCCAAGGGACUGCACCCUUUUACAGAGGUCCUCCCUGUAAGCAGCUGACGAAGUUCCCAGAAUGGAAACAGAUGCACCAAUUUUCUGCCCAUAUUUGAGGCGCGGUGGGGAAUGCAUGGUCCAAGCUCCUCUCUACCGUCUGUCCUGAUUGGGGGAGGGCAGAGACUUCCAAAGUAGACUCUUAAGUUACCGGGUUCUGGGAUUUGGGAGUUGGCAGAGCCUUUGGCCACCACCUGGUUCCACCUCCUUGUUGACAAGGUACUGUGUGCCAUCGGCGGCACCACAAAGAGUGAAGGGGGAUCUUGGCCCAUGAAAGAUGCCCUUCCGGCUCCAGGAGGGCCGGGUGCCGGUUCCGGCUACGGAGUUGCCUUCCUUUUUCUUGGGCUCUACCUCCUGACGGGGCCAGGGAGCAGACAACUGCCAAGCAUCCUUGAGCAGUGCCAGUGGAGGAGUGAGGCUCAGAGAGGAAGGGGUCUCUGUGGCUGCGCCUGGCAGGGAAGUGCUGCCUAAUUCUGUGGUGUCGGCUCCAAGAGGUCACUGGGUCGGAUGUGCGAGGCAAAACCGAUAAAGUUCAUUGAAGAACAUGAAGGAAAGUAUCUUUGUGACCAAGGAUGGGAAAGUGCUCUUAAAUAAAAAUGUUACAGAUACAACGCUUAAGGCAAAAUGAUUGAUGACUUUGGUUGCAUACAAAUAAAGAUUUCACGGGGAAAAUGAGUGGGAGAAGGUACUUAGAAUGUCUGAAGCCAGUAAUGUACAAUCAGUUCCCGUAAGUCAGCAAGAAAGACAGCAACCAGAAAGACAGAACAAUGAACAGUUUUCAGAAGAGAAAACCCAAAAAGCUAAUAAGCAUAGGAAGAUGUGUAAAAUCAUUAGAAAUAACAGAGAAGUACCUAUUAAAACAGCAGUAAGAUGUCACCUUGUGCCUAUUAGUUUGGUAACACUUAGGAAGCACCGAAUGCUGGAGGGAGGGAGUGGUUAUAGGACUUCAUGCACAGCCAAUCUGAAAGGCAGUGCCCCUGUCGUGGGCUGAACAGUGCCCUCCCCAAAUGCAUAUGUUGAAGCCCUAACCCCUACCCCAGUACCUCAACGUGUGUGCAUUGGGAGGUACA